AGAAAAAUUGUGUUUUUCCAUGUGCUGUAAAUCGAGCUUGCAAAGACUGAUGGCAUCAAUUGAGUGAUUUGGACUUUAGGAGAAGCAAAGUUUCUGGAGAAUACCAGCCUCUCGAGACAGUGGAUGAAGUAUUCAAUGAUGAUGUGCUCCUCUUAACCAAGCAAAAUGACAAACACAAGAAAUGCAGAUCAAAGAAAAGGCAGCGACACUACCGCCCCAGAGAUCACGUUUUGUCCCAGUAAUGUCUUCGUCCAGGCUGCGUCUUGUGCCAGCAGUGCCACGGCCUCCUGGGACGUCCCUACAGUACGACGCCUCACAACCCAUCACAGCAGUCAGUAACUUCUCGCCUGGUGAUUCCUUUGAUGUUAGCACUUAUCUGGUCAUCUAUUACCUUAUCGAUAACGCUAGUUUCUACUCGACAUGCAGCUUUGAAGUCACUGUCACUUCAAGUGGAGUGGUCAUCAACAGAGAGAACCCCAUCCUGACAGGCUGUCCAACCGACAUCGUCGCCAAUACCAGCCCUGGUACCUCGACCCCGGUGGUUUCAUGGCUGGCUCCUGUGGCAUCAGACAACUUUGACUCCGUUUCCUUGACGGUCAACUAACUACUAGGCAGUUCCUUCGCUGUUGGAUCUACUGAGGUCACCUACACA